UUGACAACACUUGUCAAUCUCUCAAUUGUUCAGAUCUCCCAUUUAGCAGGGUUUUGUAAGCAAUUUUAGCAAAUUUUAGCCAAGCAUCCUCUUAUUUUGUCUCUAAAAUGAGCUCCAAAAGUGAUAAAGAUCGUGCUAAACAAAUACAAGAUAAAUGUCAAGUCUUGUUGACGCAGAUGCUGAAAGAUGAAGAUAACAAGUACUGCGUCGAUUGUGAUGCCAAAGGACCUCGAUGGGCCUCUUGGAAUAUUGGAAUCUUUCUCUGCAUUCGUUGUGCUGGUAUCCAUCGAAACUUGGGUGUCCACAUCAGUAAAGUCAAGUCAGUCAAUUUAGAUUCUUGGACACCGGAGCAAGUAGUGAGCCUUCAGCAAAUGGGCAACAGCCGGGCCAGAGCUGUGUAUGAAGCUAAUCUGCCAGAUGAUUUCCGGCGACCUCAGUUGGACUCAGCACUAGAGCAGUUCAUCCGAGCCAAGUAUGAGGCCAAGAAGUACAUAGCAAGAGAGUGGGUUCCACCACCACUUCCAAAGGUUAAUUGGGACAAAGAACUAGACGAGGAAGCAGAGAAGCAGAAACGGAAGAAACGGGACUCAAAGCCACUAGCAAACCCCGUAUCCAACAUUCGCCCACUUCCAUCAGUCAUUCCACAGCCUUUGCCAAAACCAGUCUCAACGAGCCCUAAACCUAACCGUACCAAAACCAACGCCAGUCCAACUGCAGACCUCCUUGGUCUAGAUGCACCGUUCAAUAACGGAACAUCUUCCGAUCCAGUGAAACAAGAAACGGAUUUGUUUUCAAAUUUCAUGAGUGCACCGUCGAAUCCUCGCUCCUCAACUGGCAGCAAUGUGUCUGCUGACUCUCAGAGUCCACAAAGCGGCAACAUGAGUGCGUCAAGAAGAACAGCCGAGGAAGACAGUUUCUUCAAUCAACCGGCAUCCAACUCACCGGCCAAAACGAAGCAACAGAUGUCCACUGACUCCAUCCUAGCACUCUAUGGCAAGUCACAGAUGAGUGCUGCACCUGGACCGUUCUCAGCCCCACCCACCGGUAUGCCGAGUAAUAUCUUUGGAAAUGUUCAGCCUGCAGCCUCCAUGUUUCCGCCAACCGAUUUUAUGAUUCCAAAUGGCAUGGCUCAUCCCAAUCCACCAGUUCAGAAUGACAUGUUUGCAUCGAUGCCAAGCUCGACAGGUGUUGCCCCAGGAAUGGCAGCCGGAGCCCCCGGCUCAAUGAAUAUUGUGUCAAACCCGUUUUACAGCAUGUCAGCAAGUAACCCAGCCAAUAGUCAACUUUUUGGAAUUUCUAGAGAAAAUGCAGUUACAGCUAAUGGAACGCCAAUGCCUUCUGGAUUAAAUCAACUACCUCAACAACUGGCAAACAUGACAAUGGGUGGACCGCCGGCACAAUCUCCCUUCAACUUGCAGCCUCAGCCGGCGUUGAACCCUCUUGGGCAGACCCUGGCCAGCAAUCUCUGGCAGUGAGAAGUCGCCAACCGAUCGAUAAAAAUCUCAAUCUCAGCAUAUGAUCCUCGCUCAAAACCUGCAUUUGGUGAUAGUAUUUUAAUCGAAAGAGCCACGACCUGUUUUGAAAAGCUAACCUUUAUCAGCUGUAUUUUGUCAUGAACGUUCUUGAUACUUAAUGAUUUGGAAAAUCUUUGGAGCCACAAAGAAAAGAAAAUAAGGAGAAUAAUCGAAGCAAUCCUGAAAAUUUAGAUGCAUUUCUGUAAAACAGAUCUUUUCAAUAGAAGAAUUUAUGCUCUUUUCAAAAUUUAUGUUUCCGCCCUGAAGAGUCAUCCUUGUAUUUUGUAAAUUUUGCAAUCAAAUUUAAGAAAUAUGUCUCUCCAAGUACAGUACAAAUAUCACAUUCACAAUGAAAACCUGCCAAGUGAAGAUGCUAUAAGAGAAGUUGGAUGUUGUUAAAUUUAUUUUAAAACAUAUCUAGGUAUCUCAAGAUCAUCUGAGAAUAUUUUCUGUGAAACCUUUAUUGAUGGUACAUCAAAUUUCAAAUUAUUAAAAUUAUUUUCCAAAAAUUCAAAAGAAACAAAAAAAUAUUUGCCUGCUUCUCUUGAAUUCCUUCUUUUUUGAAGGUAAUUCCACAACUUUAGAGUCUCUGUAAGAUAUUUUCCUGUUGUAUAGCAUCUUAUUUGGAAGUUUUUCCAUCAUGAAGUUUUCAUUCCACAGGAAUUUGGGGGCUUUUCUAGUUUAAUAUCUAACACAAAGUCAACAACUUAGAAUGGGACUAAGGUCUCAAAAUGAAACAAAACAAAGCAAAAAACCGGAACGUUUCACAGCUAUUACAACUGCAUCCUCAAGGGGAAAUAUUGAAGAAAAAUUAAAAAGAAACUCAAGCCUUACUGCUGUUAUUGUGAGGUAUUUUCUUUUGCAAUUAUAUACUUAGGACACGAAAAUAAGGAAAAAUGGUUCUUCUAAGUUUGUUGAAGGAGCGGAUGGAAGGUAGUUGUUAUAGCUGCGAAACGUCCCAGUUUUUCAUUUGUUUAUAUUUUAUUUAAUCUCAUUUUAAGUUGUUGAUUUUGUAUUAUUGUACAAGCUGAUUAAGUUGUUUUCUCAUAAAAUCCAACUAACACUAAAAGAAUGCUAUAUCCUCCACUAUUUAUGGAGUUCAAGCAAGGAUGAUUUAUUAUUUUAUAGCCUCUAAGCUUUCUUGUCAAUUAAUGCAGAGAAAUCAAGAAUAUUAAGGAUGCUCGCGAGCAAGUGUGCAAAAAAGGAAUAAAAAAGUUGGUCAUGGAACGAAUCAUGGAUUCACACGCCUGGAAGAAAAAUACAUAUACACUUUUGGCAGAUCUUAGAAAGAUCAUUUCAGCUUUCAAUUAAUUUUUAUGCAGAUGAAUAAUUUUGAAUAGUACCAGUCAAAUAGUUAUUUUUGGUAGAAUCCUCUAAAUUUGAGCGCAUAUUUUUGCUGAAUAGAGUUUUUUCCAACUCUGUCAGAAGAUAGGCAGAUAGGUUCCAUGCGGAUCUCCUCAUCUUUCCACAGUAGUGCUAGUCACGUAAUUGUGUAUUGAUGGUUCAAGCCUAUGGAUUAGCAAAAAGGAUAAGAUCUGUUCAAAGGCCUAAUUUUUUCGUCCAAUAUUAACAAAGGUAUUGAAUAAUAUGAUAUAUGACGACAUCCACCAUGAUAGCACAUACCAUACAUCCACUUUUGAUUGAUCAAUUAAGGAUAUGUACUUACAUUUGCGCUUGAUGCUUAAUGUAAACAUGGUGGAAGAAACCACACAACCGCAGUGAAUGACGUCAUAUGCCAUAUUUUUCGAAGCGCAAUAUUUUUGUUAAUAUUGGAAGUGAAAAUGUGUUGUUUAAACAGAUCUUAAUAUCUUUCGUUGAUCCACAUAGUGAAACAGUCAAAUCAUGAUUCCGUAAUUAGCGCUACCUGUCCUUUACUGGAGCUUUAUUUUAGCCAAGCUUACAAAAUCCUACUCCUUGCAUUGCAAUGAAAAGUUUCAGCUAGCGAUAUAAACUCCAGAUAGUUCAUCUGUAUGCUCCAUGGUACCAUAUUUUUUUCUCAUUUUUGUAUUUUUUUAUAAAUGUCUAGAGUCGUUUUUAAGAAAAUGAUAACGGAAGUAAAAAUUGUAAUAGAAUCUCAACAUUUUACUGCCCACAACUGUCUCACUCUCUUGCAGUCUUUUUUCAAUAGAAGAGGUUUUGUUGAUGAGCCCUUACAUUAAAUUUUGCAUACAUAACUGUUUUUUUCUAAUAGAUCGUAACUCAGUCAAACUCAAAACAGUCUUGGUCUUCAUUGCCGAAGCUUUAUGGUGUCCUAGUGCUCCAGAAUUAAGUAUUAUUUUAGUUUAACUUUUGAGAUGCCGUUUCACAUCAUGAACUUUCUUUAACCAUACAUAUUGGCCAAUAAGCCAGCUUCUAAGUGUCUUUAUUUUGUCUUUAUAUUCUAUGCUCAUUGCUUGCGCCCCUCUUCUUUCUGGCUCUGCUAUGUUCAGGAAGGUACUGAUGAGUAUUGUUAGCCAGGAUCUUUUGAAUUUAACCAUCUGGUUCCUUUGAAAUUUGUGAUGAAAUAUGUGCAAUUUGUGUUUUGUUUAAGUCCCUCUCCGUAUUUUCCUCCCAAUUUUUGGCCAUCAUUUGAGUACUUACAUUUUGUACAUUCAUCAAUCAUUACAACUGUGUACGUGCUGCGUACUUCUAUACUCUGUGAUGUUCUGUAUGAAUCUCCUAGUAUAACGGAAACGAUGUUAACCAUACUAAAGGAUGGAUCAGCUAAUUUCUUUAAGAACAGUCAAAUGCAUUUAUAUAAAAGAUGGUCUUUAUUUUUAGAGGUUUUCAAUAGAGAUAUGCCUGCCAAAAUAUGUUUAAAUCCAUCACUAAAAUAGAAAUUUCUAGCCAGAUUUAUUUUGCUUACAUGUAUCCAAACGUAGAACAUUUUAUGGAAUUAUUUGUUUUCCUUUUUCUAUCUCUCUUUUGUUCAAAGUACUAAAUGUCAAACCUAGGUCUGAAUAAUAGGGAUUGUCUAGAAAAAUUUUCUUUUGGAUUUAAAAUUAAAGUUGUAGUAAGUUGAGGUAGCAGUGAAUGUCUCAUUAUUGUCUUUACUUGCAUUCAGCUUGCAAAUUUUUACCUCCUUAGUUUCAAGCAAGAAUGACCUGUAUUGAAUUUCUCAGAACUUUUUCUUCACAAAAAUGUAUAUCAGUUGUACCGAGAUUCAAGUAUGUGUGCAAUAUUUUUGGCCACUUCAGCGGCAGAAAAUACUUAGGGAAGCAAUGAUCACAGUGCAGAUAUUGCGUUAAAUUAUUUAUUUAUUUUCUUUUGUUUUACUUCUUUUUUAUUGUUCAACACUUUAAAUCAGACAACUGUGAUUUUUUUGUUUACACUCUAAGGUUUUGUUUUGAUUUCAGUUUAUAAACUAUAGGUAUUGAAAAUUAAAUGAGAUCCAGCCCAAAAUAUAUGUAUUUUGUAAGAUUAGAGGUAAAAUUAGGUUAACAACUGGGUAAAAAACUCAAGUUAACUCUCUGCUGAAGUUAAGUGAUACUCCUAGAAAUUUCCUUAUUUCGUUAGUUCACUUUGCCAGUCUCGCAGUUACAGUUCCGUUUGUUCCUAUCGUAGCUCUUCAAAUUCCAGUACAUAAACAUCCAGUCGCGAUUCUUGCAAAUCGGCAAUGCUGUUUUUUCUUCAUUUAAAUGUAUGUCAAACAAUUGAUUAAAUGGAGUAUCAACAAUGUUGCCAACUUGCUGGAAUACUUAUUGAUUGACAAUAAAAAGAGAUGUAAAACGGGAAGGCUCAAGAAAAAUCAGAUAACCUGUUCAGUAAGGUUGAGAACUUGAGAAUUAACCUAGAAUGGGCUGACUGCAGUCUGUCAAGUUAGGGUUAACGCUUUUUGUUGAAAAAUGCUCUGAAAUAAUUAGAAAUUUGAAAUUACUUUUUCAUCUCAACCACUCCAGUAGGUCUUAAAGGCUCGAGUAAAUCAUAAUCUUGACUGACAUUUUAUUUAUUUUUAUCCAUGCUAAAAUUUCAGAAACGAAAAUGUGUUUUUAUCACUUACCAUAUCUUGCAGCCACUAUAUCUUGUAUCAUUGUAAUUUUCUUUAUUCUGUCUUUGAGAGAGAUUUGUCGUUUUCUCAAGAAAAUCGCAAGUUUUAACCUGAGCUACUACUAAGAUUUGUUGAAUUUUGUUUUGCUUUCUAUCCAAUAGAUCAAACGGCAGUGGAAAUUCUGCAUCAUUAUAAAUUGUAAUCGGUGUCUCCCUCUAUCUCUUGUCGCUGUAUCUUUCCUAUCAAAUUUUGUUUUCCUACAACGCAAUGACUCUCCGAGUCGCAAGAAAAACUUCAGCUUUUACUUCUGAGUUCCCAUCUGUGUCUUUGAUGAUUCCCUUCUUCUCUGUUGAAAACGUAAAAUAGCCUUUUGAACUUAGUAUCUCAAAUCGGCUAAAUGUAAAUAUGUAUCUACUUCAGAGUCUUAUUAUAGAUCUUUAAUUAUUCUUUGAGCUUCAUGAUGGUGUCAGCCCAAGUUUUAUUUUGUAUGUUGAAUUUUCUGAAUUUUAUUGGUUUUCAAUCACUCAUACUGGUAUUUAGAAUGUUGAUUAGGCCUACUGCUUUAUGUAUAAAGUUUUCAUACGACACAAAAACUCUAACCAUCUGUAGGUCAAUUUUAAGAUUGAGCUGUGAUUCCUCUUUUCACCAUGGUUAUUUUAAGGGGCCGCUCAAGUGUUUCGUAAGUUACUUAAGUGAAGGAUGGGGUCCAAGUUUGUAUUGCGGGGUCAUACAAGGAAGGGAGGAGGGUCAAGCCAAUUAUUGUGUAAGCCUCCCAUUUAAAAACAAAAUAAUAUUUUCCGUUUAAAAUAAUUUUUUCUUGUAUUUUUCAAACUUUCUUUGUUAUUUUCUGACAAAUUUGGAGAAGGGCAGGCCAGCUUUACAUAAAAAGGGGGAGUUGAGAGUUUGUCUCAUGGGUGUCUCACAAGGAGAUUACUAAGUUAGGAAAAAUGUGUUACUUAAUACUUGAACGGCCCCCAAGGGAAUUAAAAACAACCUCAUUACAACUAACAUACAAUCUUUCAAGUUUUGCAGAUAUUCAGCUCUAAGUGAUUCUGGUGGACUGCUAGUGUAAUAUUCUAAGCAUCGAGUCAAAUAAUUAACUUAUCAUUACUGUCAAAAUACAGACUGGUUUACAUGUAUCUGUGAUUUUUGUAUAUCUUUGUAGGCGUCGUAUAAAAUGAUUCAUUCAUUUGGAGCAUCUCUGUAAAUUUUAAGUGUAAUGAAAAUUUUGGCAGUGCUGCAAAAUUAUUUGUUGGCCUUAAAAUCAGAACUUUAUUGCAGAUUUUCUGCCUGUAGGUAUUUAUCAAUAUUUUAAGUUUUUUUUUCAGGAGGAUCAAACAGCUGGAUCCAAAUUCAGGUUUAUUAAGAAAUCUCCUCUCGCAUUUCGUGGAAGGAAAACAAUUUGUUUUUUGAAAAAAUUUGGCGAGGGAACGUAUCCCACAGAAACUGCUGAUUUGAUUCCAGCAUAAUUUAAACCCAAAACUCAAUGGAUUUUAUACAGAAAAAUUUUAAUGGUAUUUUAUCCAUUUUUAAAAUUAUGAUGAAUUCAAAAUCUUAUGUAUCUAAGCUUAAUACAUUUAUCAUUUAUCAUUCUAAACUCCAACCAAAAAAACUUUUUGUAAAUUUUGCGCUCUGUUUUUAAAUGGUGCCUGUUGAUCAUGUAAAGAGUUAAGUCUGUCAACAUUCCCAACUUUAUUUUGCUGUUGCCAAACUAGCAUUAGUAGGGCCCCUUUACAGAAAGCAUAAUGUCUUGCCCCAAAAUUUCUCAGGAACUCUGAUUGAAAGACAAGUACUUAAUGCCAACUGAUGAUAAAGCAGACCUAAUGAGAGACUUGUGUAUGAAUAAAUCAUGAAAGAAAAAAAAAUUAUAGUGUGAUUUUAUCCUCUUUGUUUAUGCUGUGCUGUUUGUUUAUAUACUUCUUGUUUAUGUAUUGAGAUGUAUAUAUCUUAAAUAAAUAUUUAUUAUAUUACCUAAA